AUGUGUUUAUUAACAGGCUAUGAAAUGCCCAUGGUUGGUUUGGGUACAUGGCAAAGCCAGCCUGGAGAGGUUUGUAAAGCUGUAGAAGUAGCGCUGAAUGCUGGCUAUAAUCUCAUCGAUUGCGCAUGGAUAUACGGUAAUCAGGCAGAGAUAGGUGAAACACUGAAGAAGUUGUUUUCCACCACUCAUAAGAGAGAAGAUAUUUUCAUCACGUCAAAGGUAUGGAAUACAUUCCAUUCGGCUUCUGCCUGUAAGGAGCACGUCAAGGAAAUCUUGAAUCAGUUGCAACUGGAUUACAUUGAUCUGAUGCUGAUUCAUUGGCCUCAUGGCUACGAGGAAGGUGGAGAGCCAUUCCCCAAGAGGGAAGACUGCGAAAAGAUGAAAUACUCGGAUGUUGACUAUCUGACUACUUGGAAAGUUCUGGAGGAUUUUGUGAAGGAGGGAAAGAUUCGUAGCAUUGGUGUAUCGAAUUUCAAUCAUAAGCAAAUCGAAAGGAUAAUCGCUAACGGUACUGUGAAGCCAGCUGUGUUGCAGGUCGAACUUCAUCCGUAUUUCCAACAAAAGAAAUUGAGAGAGUUUUGUAAAGAACAUGGUAUCGCAGUGACCGCGUACAGCUCUCUCUCCAAUCCUGGUUCGGCGUUUUUCCGUAAAGAUGGCGAUCCCAAUCUUCUGACGGAUCCAGUCAUCAAAAGGAUUGCCAGUGCUCAUAAUAAAACGCCAGCACAGAUAGCUCUUCGUUGGGCCGUGCAGCUGAAUGUGCUCGUCAUUCCUAAAUCGACAUCCGAAGCACGUAUCAAAGAGAAUGCGGCACUGUUCGACUUCAAGCUGACGGACGACGAAAUGAAGGAAAUCGAAGGCUUGGAUCGCGGUUGGCGAAUUCUCGAUCUCACCGCUCGCGAUGGUGAUCACCCUUACUUCCCAUUCUUGGAGGAAUUCUAA